AUGGCUGCCAUGUUGAUGACUAAGUCAGUUUGGGGCUCUGAGGACAAUGGCGCUUUGGAGCCUCCACAAAGCGCCAGGCUAAAGCCCCUCUUUCAGCCGCCCCGCUCAGCUGCUGAGUGUGCAAGGCUGCUAGGCAAAUGGCACGGCGCAGGUCGAGGGGGGCCGGCCCUAUAA